AUGGUGAAAAAUUAUUUUUCCCUUCCGUCAAAGUAUCUUCCUUUUCGAUGGAGACGAGAAAGUUCAUUGAUCCCAAAUUCUAGUCAUGUAGUCAACAACAAUAGUGGCUCCUCUGGAAAGUUUCAAUCUCUAAUUCAAUGUUUGUUAGUUGAAUCCUUAAAGACAAAAGAACGAGAGCAAGUAGCAGCCACAAAACUAGAAAAAGUCAUCCGAGAGCUAAAAAGUAUGCCUGAAAAUCAAGAACAUGAGAUGCAUUUGGAACCUGAUGUUCCAAAUCAUGAUGGUUGUGAUGUUGAAAAUCCCAUUCCCUCAAAAUCCAAAGGUCGGCCAAAAGGAUCAAGACCAAAAGGUGGAGUUGAAGUUGCAAAGAAGCCACGUCGUUGCCAUGUUCCAAAUUGUGGUGAAUUUAAUCAUGACACACGAAAUUGUCCAAACAAAAAGAAAAAUCUCGAAUUGCCUUCUCAAUCUCCUAAUAAGAAACAUACUACGUGCAUUUUGCUACAUCAACUUAAUUUCUUCUUCUCAUUUUUCACUUUACAAAUUAUUUUCAUCAAUAUGGUUGAAAUAAAACACAAACCCUAUUUGUUGUUUCUUCUUGUUCUAGCUAUUGGAUUGUUUUCAUGUUCAGUUCAAUCCAUUAAGUUUGAUUUGUCAUCUGGAGGGGCUAGAUGCUUUAGUGAAGACGUCAAGAAAUAUGCAAUUAUAUUUGGCAAGUACUCUAUUGUUAGUCCCAACGAGGGUCACCCUGUGCACGAAAAUCACACCAUCACUGUUCGGGUGACUACACAAGGAGGUUCUUCCUCACAUCAUUUGGCAGAUCAUGUUCAAGCAGGACAAUUUGCAUUUGUGUCACAUGACAGUGGUGACUAUUUGGUAUGUUUCUGGGCAGAUGCAUCAAACAAUCCACAAGCAACACUCUCUAUUGAUUUUGAGUGGAAAACUGGUGUGGCAGGCAAGGAUUCAUUUAACAUUGCAAAGAGAAGCAAAAUCGAGAAAAUGACAUAUGAAGUACAACUUAUGCAAGAAACUGCCAAGUCCAUUAAGGAGGAAAUGUCUUAUCUUCUUCAACGAAAUGAAGAAAUGACCAAUGUCAAUUGGAUAACCGACAAUAGAAUGUUCUUGUUGAUUUUCGUUUCAUCUUUUGUUAGCUUCUCAAUGGCUGGGUUACAACUAUGGCACUUGAAGAGCUUUUUCAAGAAAAAUAAACUUCUAUAAAUUAAUUUAUAGUGUACUUAUAAUAUUUUUUUUCUUAUGUACUCUUU